CACGUUUAAGACUUUUUUUCAUUACUUUUGUAGAGACUCGGUUCCUGUGAUCUAUUUAGAUCUGUUUCUUCAAAGGAAAGUUGUCUCCAUGAGUUUCCAGCCUGCGUCCAGUAGCACUUGAUCUGGGCGGGAAGCGGACGAGAGGAAGAUGACGAUCCACGCCGAGGGUCUCGUGGCUAUCGUGGUCUUCUAUGUCUUGAUUCUGUUCGUGGGGAUCUGGGCAGCGUGGAAGAAUAAGAACUCUGGUGUUGGUGAUGGCGGAGACCGGAGCGAGAGCAUUAUGGUUGGGGGAAGGGACAUCGGGCUGUUUGUUGGUGGAUUUACAAUGACCGCCACGUGGGUUGGUGGGGGUUACAUCAACGGGACAGCAGAAUAUGUCUACCUGCCGGACUACGGCCUGGCCUGGGCACAGGCACCCUUUGGUUAUGCUCUCAGCCUGGUAGUAGGUGGCCUUUUCUUUGCCAAACCCAUGCGAUCACGUGGAUACGUCACCAUGCUGGACCCUUUCCAGCAGCUGUAUGGGAAAAGGAUGGGGGGACUGCUCUUCAUCCCUGCACUCAUGGGGGAAAUCUUCUGGUCUGCAGCGAUUUUGUCUGCUUUGGGUGCUACUCUCAGUGUAAUUGUGGACAUCAACAUCAACAUGUCAGUGAUUAUCUCGGCACUGAUAGCUAUCUUCUACACACUCGUUGGAGGACUUUACUCUGUUGCCUACACAGAUGUGGUUCAGCUGUUCUGUAUCUUUGUGGGCUUGUGGAUUAGUGUGCCUUUUGCCCUUUCCAAUCCCGCUGUGUCAGACAUCAGCGUUUCAGCCAAGAAAGAAAUCUAUCAAUCUCCCUGGCUAGGGAAAAUUAACCCUGAGGACCACUGGCUGUGGGCGGACAACUUCUUUUUGUUGAUGUUGGGGGGGAUUCCCUGGCAGGUCUAUUUUCAACGGGUUCUUUCUGCCUCUUCAGCUACCUACGCUCAGGUUCUCUCCUUCCUUGCCGCCUUCGGUUGCUUGGUCAUGGCCGUCCCGUCAGUCCUCAUAGGAGCUAUAGGGGCUUCAACGGAUUGGAAUAAAACUUCUUACGGUCCCCUUCCUCCGAAGGAUAAGGAUGAAUCAGACAUGAUCCUUCCCAUAGUGCUUCAGCACCUCUGCCCGCCCUACAUCUCUUUCUUUGGUCUUGGGGCGGUGUCGGCUGCGGUCAUGUCAUCUGCAGACUCGUCCAUACUGUCAGCCAGCUCUAUGUUUGCCAGAAACAUCUAUCAGCUCGCAUUUCGGCAGUCGGCCUCAGAUCGUGAGAUUGUUUGGGUGAUGCGCCUCACCAUCUUUGUAUUUGGAGCUCUCGCCACAGCAAUGGCAUUGUUAACAGGAUCAGUGUAUGGCCUGUGGUACCUAAGCUCUGAUCUUGUGUACGUCAUCAUUUUUCCCCAACUGCUCAGUGUAUUAUUUGUCAAGGGUACUAAUACCUAUGGGUCUGUGGCGGGCUACUUAUUUGGUCUUUUGUUGCGCAUUGGUGGAGGGGAGCCCUACCUUAAACUCCCUCCAUUUAUCUAUUACCCCGGCUGGGUGACGGAACAGAAGAUCCAUCACCUCACUGGAGAUGUAGAGUACUUUGUCCAGCAGAGGUUCCCCUUCAAGUCUGUAUCCAUGGUGGCAUCCUUUUUGGCAAAUGUGGCCUUUUCUUACCUGACAAAGUACCUAUUUGAAAGUGGCAUGCUGUCACACAAGUAUGACUUCUUGGAUGCUGUGGUGUCCAAGCAUAGCAAGGAGAUCAUGGACAAGGCAACUCUAGUGACCAACCAUGAUAACAUAAUUCUUUCAGAGAUGGCUCCAGUCAGGCAGGUCCUGGGUACUUCAAUUGUUGGGACCUUCACCAACACUGAGGUCCUUAGUGAUGAUGGCGCAUCAAGCCCAGAGUCUUUCCACAGCGACAACUAAAUAACAAUGGCACAAAGAAAACGUGAACUAAGCAAUGUGAAGAGGAAGGAAUAGUCAGAGGCAUCAGCAUCUUUCAGGAAACGUGCUACUGCCACACUGGAAGCUAAAUCAGCAGAAAUCUGCUCUGGCUUCCAAGUGACUCCACAAGUUUGUUUCAUGAUGGUGAAAUGGUGCCUCCUUUCUCUUUCUCUCUCUUUCUCUUCAUUUUUUUGUCUAGACCUAAGAUACUGACUCAGUCACGUGUGCAAAGCAUCCCAUAGUCAUUCUUGUGUUUUCUGACCACAAUUCUGUGAAUCAAUCACUACAAAUAUUUUGAUUUAGAUGCUGCUACUGUGAUCAGAGGAACUAUCAAUGGACAGUGUAUGAGAAUGUCAAAUGGAUUUAUUGUGGGUCAUGAGAAUAGUGCAAUAUCUAACCAAAAUACUGUGUCCACUUCUGCAAAGCAUGAUAUUUGUAUGUCAAUGUACAUACAUAUAGUAUGUAUGCCUGGCAACAAAGUGCUUCAAGAAAAUGCUCCUGGGAGAUUUUGCAGAGUUUUGAGUUUGCGUAGAGAAAUUUUAUUAAUAGAGCAAUAAUAUUUUUAGGACAUAUGUUGUAAAGAUAGAUAUGUUGUAAUGAAUUGCAGGUUAUCAUCUGGUUUUAACUUGAACAUUACUAGAAUUUUGCUGAAUUCAUGUUAGACUUUCGCCUUGGUCUUAAUCCUUUUGUUGUAGUUGGUCAUUUCAGAUGUGAAGAAUGUAACACUGAUAUUUCCUUUGAAGAUGCCAAAUUGAUGGAUAAACUGAGCAAAAUUUUAAGUUUAGUAACUAAAAUAUUUUAACACUCACUGCCAGCAUUUAUCAAGUUAUCAGCUUGUUGCGAGAUGGUUGUAUGAUCAAAAUUAAGCCUAUAUGUAGUCAGUUCUUCAAAGAGUGGUUUGUCAGUGAAAUUAAAGGGACAAACACCCCAAUCAACAAUAUGAUUGUAUACAUACAUACUGUUUUUUUCACCCAAACUAUUGUAAAGAAAUUGUUAACAUGGAUGAAAUUAUAAUAUGAAAUCCACCAUGCCAGCCAUGGUUCUUGUGAGCAAAGUCAUGAGACAGUUAAUAUGUAGGACUUGUGAACCUGGUGCCCGGGACUGCAAAGGCAAUCUAGCUAAUUUAGUGCUUUAUUAAUCAAAUUAAUAAUUAUAACAUUUAUCUGAAAAUAUUUGGAACAACAUUUAAAAUUAAGUCAAUUUUUUUGUACAAAUUUCUUUUCCAGAAUCAAUCAUUGUUACUCUGAAGUUGUGAUUGGUAGCUAACAUUUAUCCUUUAUCCACAUUGUUGACCAAAAGGAGCGCUGUUACACAUUUUUCAAUUAAUUUUAAACAUUACACAUUAAAUGGGAGUUAAGUUGAUGAAUUAUCCAUUAUUAAUCAAUUAAGCUGUCUUCUCUUUUUAUUGUAGAAAGAAAACAAGACCAUUUUACAACUGCUCUUCCCCAUCAUAACCAUGUUUUCUGUGUUUUCAAGCUGGUCAAACUACCCAGAGUCAUUAAGACGGUUUUUCAUCUAACUAGCUGUAACUCAAGUAAAGUUAUGUGUGAUGGCAUUAAGUGCGUUACCUCCAUAUCCUCUUUCUUUAAAAUCAAAAUCCUCCACUUUUUAUAAAAGCCAAUAACUAAUGUAGCUAAAAAGAAAAAGUGUAAAGUAAAAGUUUUGAACCUUUACAGUGUUACAAACAACUAUUUGCUAUUCAAACUUUAAGUGUGCAUUGAUGUUUUUACCAGUGAAAAAACACCUGUGACUCAGCUUUGUGGCAGCCAGUCCUGCCACAUGUGCACGGUAGUGCAAAUCAAUAGAGAGUAAAUCAUUCAUCUUCAUCAUUCAACUAAAAGAGUCUCUGAAAUAUAGCAGCAUUAAACCAGAGUUGGGCUUGCUCUGGUUUUGAGUUAGACAUGAAGUUUUGGCUUUGGACACGCAUGCUGUUCUAGAGCAAAAUCAAAUGGUUUUUUAAGGUUGUGAAUUAACCUAAAGACAAAAGAAAUAGCUAUAGUUAAAGAUAAAGAUACAUAAAUCAGCCAUAAUAUUAAUACCACUAACAAACACUUCUCUACAAUGGCAGCUUUCCUAAGCUGGACAGUAGUGGGCUUCAGAAAAACUGCUUAGGAAGGGCUCAAAGAACACAAAUCUGAGGUGUUCACCUGGCCUUCAAACUCCAUUGCUACCACGUUGAUGGGAUCUGAUGGCAUCUAUGAGCUGCAAGCCUGACCUACAAGGACACCAACCCAAGAGCCAGAUUAUUUUUGUUCUGACUGGUCAGAGCUGAUUUUACAGCAAAGAGACGACCUACUUGAUAAAGGUGGUUUUAAUCUUAUGGCUGUUCAGUAUGUACAUGUCAGAAUUAGCUCUAUAGUUUUAAUCUGAACUUAAUAUAUGUACUGCUGAAUCACAGUUACUAUGGUAAAAGUUUAUAAAAUUAAGCUUUUAAAAUGAUCAGUGCAGUACAGUCAUUGAUAUCACCGACUUUUAACAUCGUCUCACACAAGAAACUGUUUUGACAUGUGUGUGUGUCAGAUGGUUUGUUUGCUCAUCCUAAAGUUGUAUCGACUGGCCAGUCACAGCAGUUUCACAAAGACAGGAAAUGAUUGUUCCUCCCAGGAUGGUGUGAGUAUCACCGGUCAUUAUUGAUCCAGCCUCAAGUCGAUUAGCUCUCAAGACAUUUGAUUAAUGUUGCACAGAUGUUCGAAACAACAGUUUAUGAGAGUUUGUUAGAGUGUCUUAUAUGCAUUGCUAAAAAUGUCAUUUUACUUGCUCUCAUACAGAAUUAACUUUUACAUGGUCACAGGUCUUGCUGCUUUACGCUAUCAGACACUUAAAAAUCUGAGUAAAGACAAUAUUUAGCAUCAUUAAGUAUUACUAUUGUCUUGUUGAUUUCACUGUAUUUCCCCAUUGUCAGCUUUGUUGUGGUUUGUUGGUGUCUUUCUGAAUCUAUGGACUUGCCCUAAUCAAAAGGUCACUGGUGAGAAAUGUGUAGGUUAGGAAAUAAGCUGCAAAAGUGAUAAAAAUAUUUUUCAGUGGAAAGAUAAAUCAGGUGAUAUUCUGCCUUAUAAGAGGUCACUAACAACAAAUGCACAAAACGGUGAUUUUUAACUUGCUUUCAAAAUUUAAAAAAAGUUAAUGGAUAACACAAAAUAAUAAAAAAAAAAAAUGAUGGAGAAAAAAAAUACUUUAACAUUUAACUCAUGUGAGUGAUUACAUUACAAUCAGCCUUUUCUGCUUCAAGAGUAGAAGUAUGUCCAAAACCAGCUUGAGUGCAUAGCAUUCGAUUUAAAAGCAAGAAUUAAAACAACUAUUUUUUUCUGUAUAUGACCAAGGUGAUAAGUUUUUUUAACUCCUUUCUUAAUGUUUUGUUUCCUGUUAAUGAUAUCAACAAAUUCUACAAGCUUAGAACACCCGUAGACACGUACACGAGUCAUUUGCUCCAAAUCAGUUAAUGAAACAUCUCUGCUUGUCCUUUUUUCUCCAAAUGAACAGUUUUAUCUAAGUUCUGUUUUUCUUCUGCAUAGAAGGAUUUCUCAGUCUCAACAACUCUAGCUCACUUAAAAAAGAAAAAACAGGAGUUUUCUUAUUGAGCCUAACUUGAUUCCUGAUCUUCUGCAUCACAGUGGUCCAGUCCACUGCCCACAAACCCCGAUGACCAACCAGAUCUCUGCAGUAUCUUAUUGGAAGAGUACCAGUUGGGGCUCCAAUCCAGUAGGAAGCUGCAUUGCAAAAGUUUAUAUGAAGUAGAGAAUAUGACAGAAAUACAAUUUUUCUUCUGUUGUUUCUCCCUCCUUAUAGAAUAAAACCUUUAUCGUUUUAAUCAGGAAGCAUUUUGAUCACUUCAUUUGUUAACAGUUGAGAGAUUAGAGCAAUGUCCACCAAAACAUGCUUGUUUUGGCUAAAGAGGUGAGACUGGUUACUGUAAAUGUGUCACUGAGGAUUUGAGUUAAUUCAGUGAAUGAAGUUAACUCCAAUCCCUUAAGCUGGCAAGAUGGCCUUGUAGUUAGUGUUUACCACAACUAGAGUAUGAGGGGGAUAUGCAGCCAUAUCUGCUGAGGUACAGUCAGACCCAACCUGACCCCUAGUAGAACUGAUGAUAUCCCAACUAAAGCUUCAAGCAAAGAUUUUCAUUUGAAUGUUAAGUGUCCUAAUCAGUUGAGUGUGUUGCAGCAAAGGUUCAUCCACACACCUGUAUACACACAAACACACACAAAAAAAACUCAGAUGUUGGACUGAUAUAUUUGUGGUUCCAUGUUGUAAAAAAGAAACAACAAUGCUGUAUUUUUGUGUGAUAAAUGUCUAAAUAUAUAUAUAUA